CAGCCUCUCCUGGCUGGUAGGCCAAGUACAGUUUCUAAUGGAUUCACAACAACACGGUUGUACGCCAUUCGUUCCCUCUGAAAGGAGGCAUAAAUAAGGAGGGGGAAACGAGGGAGCGAUGCUGGCUGAAUCGCCCAGCCCUCCUUCGAGCAGGACGGGGUGCACCUCUCUUCCUCUCUGCUCAGAGCUGCUUUCUCUCAGCCCUCAGCCAUUUUGGAAAGGAAAAAAGUGGCUGCUUUCUCUCUCCCUCUCUCAUUACGUGGCAUAGCAUUGGAGACGUUUCGGCUGUUGCACUUUGGAAAUAAUCUGUUUGCAGGACAAAAACAAAACAAAACUGAGAGGCAACCAAAAACCUGUAUCCAUCGUGACUUUUUUUUUUCUUUAUUUACGGAGCUCCUCUCCUCUCUAGAGUUUUCUUUAACAACUUUCGCUCCACUUUUGUUGACAGAUCAUUUGGCUCUCGUCUCUGUUCAGUUAUAUCUUUUGCCCAUCCCUCAGACUAAUUUUGUGUAACAGAAUUUAAGACAAAGGGAUAUGUCCAGAUUUUGGCAGCACUAAGAAAAGACAGAGCUGAAGCCAAGGAUCCUGCUGGGAUCCAAAAAAGCCAAGCAGAAUGAAGCAUCAAAAAAAGAAAAAAAGAAAGGAAGAAAAAAAGAAAACACCACCCUUUCCUUUGCUUGGUCACAAAUUCCACUUUCUCUGUAGCCAGCCCUGCGCUGCGCCUCCUCCUCAUCCACAUCUCACCGCAUUCAACCUUUUGCCAUUUCUCUCUUGCCGUACCAUUUUUUUUCAAAGGCGAUUUGAGGUUUUGUACCCUGGAAAAUAGGGACCGGACAGCGGGUUAUGAGGGCGUAACUGGGAGUGAACGAGGGAAUAUUAUCAAUUCACUUUCGGGUGUUAUUUAGAUUUUUUUUUUUACCUCGUUACUUUCUCUGAAUCGUUGCUUUGCUGCCUGUAGUUUUUUUGGCCAUUUGUGUCUUACUGUAAGGGUGUGCAUGGACCACCACGUGUUUGGUUUUUGUUAUUUACGCCAAAGCACCGGCCUGCACUGCUCCUCAAGCCUGACUUCAUCUGAUUUUAGAGGACAUUUGACCAUCAGGUCCAGCCUGUGUCCCCUGUUGGUUGCCUGCAACACACAGCAAUUAGACCAUAAACUGACUCUCCACACAACAUGGAGACGAAUACCAUCUGUUUCUGUGGGAACAACACUCUCCUCAACCAGGAAGGACGUCAUCUUCCAUAUUUUUGUGAUGCCCUCUUCAAAGAGCUCCACUCACUGGACUUUGUUGGAGUUAUUCGGCCAGCGGAGGCUCUUGGGUUUCGGCGCCAUACUGGCAUGGCUCAUCCUGUUCCAUCUGCUGGUGAAUGUGUGGCUGCUCUGCGUCUUCACCAGCCUUCUGGUGGUUCUUGGUGGUUGGCUCGGCUCCCGAGCUGCGCUGGAUGCUAACAGUUUCCUACAUCUGGAACAUUUUUUACCCCUGGGGAAAGUUAACCCUCCUCUAUGUUCCCCUGAGCACGAGUGGAGGCUGAACCAUGAGAUCCACUGUGCGGUCCACAAGGCAGUACGUGACUUUGUGUCUUCGUGGUACCGCACCCUGCUUCCUGAGGUGGAAGGAGAGUUUGAACGAGCUGUGCGUCACUCAAUGCUGGAGUCUGUGAUGGAGCUGAAGGAGCGUGCGCGGCGAGUGGACAGGAAAGCUCUGGUUCAGCGGCUCUUAGAGCUGUAUGGCUGUCACCUGCAGAGCUACAUGACUGUGAGGCAGAUCCAGUCGGCGCAAAAGGAGAGCAGUGGCCAGUGGCAGCUCUACAGUAAAGUCGAGUCUCCUCAUCCGGCUGUGAGCAGCUCUACCGCUGAGCUCAACUACACCCGAGCGUUGGUUAAACUUGUGUUGCAUGUUCUCGUCCCAUACCCUCAGAUGGAAACUAGGACCGGGGGUUACAUGGUGACAGAGCUCAUCACCUGCAAUGUGCUGUUGCCAUUGAUAAGCAGGGUUUCCGAUCCCGACUGGCUCAAUCAGACCAUUGUGGACAUAUUCACCAAAACCAGAGAAUCACAGGAUAUUAGCGUGGAUGACCCCUCUGUCGACGCACUGUAUAAAUGUCAUGGACGUGAGGAGUCGUGGACUACUUGCAAGUCGCUGUCUAUCUCCGAUCAGACCGAUUUCAGCUCCAAAAACACCUCUGUUGAUUUAGAUGAGCCUCAGAGCCAGAGUGCGAACUCUGGGACAGACUUGCCUCGAAGCAGGCUGGUCAGCCUCGCGUCUACCAGCCGCACAUCCAGCUAUCAACCAGGCUUAAACACACCGUCCAAGGUGAACUGCUGCUCACUCACAUCAGGCCAGUAUAAACAGUCAUCAGAGACCAAAACCGUUUCUGCAGACCCACUUCUCCAUUCGGACUCAGAUGAUGACCUGACAGCAAGUGCUUGCGACUGCGCUCCCACCACCAACCUCUGUAACCUUCUCCCUGUAAAUGAUGAAGAAGCCUGCGGUUGUUUUCGACCUCUGAGAAAUUUUGGAUCGAAGGUGGUUGAGCCCAAAGACUCCCAGUGGCCAGCUGGCAUUGCUCAGGACAAAUCCCCAGUUUGUCCCCCCAAAAAGCUUUGCCUGACUUCGUACAGCUUUGAUCUGUCCAGGGGCCCGACUACGACGCCAUUCAGAGUCCAGAACGUUCACAUUUCUGGCACAGUCAAUGUGAAGGAGCAGAGGAGCGCUGGCACACAUCCCUACACACUCUACACUCUCAAGUUUGAGACGGUGGCUGAUGGCGACUGCACAGGUGCUGCACCACCGGCAGUCUGUCACACCGUUAACCGCAGAUACAGCGAGUUCCUCAACCUGCAAGCACGCUUGGAGGAGAAGCCAGAGCUCAAGAAACUAAUCCGAAAUGUCAAAGGCCCAAAGAAAAUAUUUCCUGACCUUCCUUUUGGCAGCCAGGACGGCGAGAAGGUUGAAGCUCGUAAAAGCCAGCUGGAUACCUUCCUGAAGCAAUUAAACAGUACUCCUGAGACAGCUAACAGUGAAGACAUGCAGGAGUUCCUGGCUAUCAACUCAGAUGUUUGCACGUAUUUUGGAAGAAAGCCCUUAACAAAGUCAAGAAUUGAUAAGAUGAUGGAAAAUGCUUUAGAUACUCUGAGGACAGCAUUCCCUCAUCCUGAGCUUUUCAGUCCAACCGAGGACAUUGAGGGUGAUACUGACGGAAGAACAAUGGACUACAGAAAGUACAGGAGGCUUUUCCCAAGUAAAGUUUCUCAGUCGCUCCAUAUUCCAGAUCUCCAUCCUAAAGUGACAUACUGCUUCAGUGAAGGCAGCUCUGUGCUCAAUGGCAUGUCACUGUGUGGCUUGGAGAACUUCGUCAGAGAGCAGGAAAGACUUAUUGGUGGGCCAAACAUGACAGAAACAGUCAAGCCGAGCCACGAGCUGAAAGCUAAAGACAAGAAGAUAUCAGGGAAAACUCAUGGGACAGACACAGCUGUGGCAGAUGUUGCUUUGAACAUUUUGUGCCUGCUGAUGAAGGAUCAUUGGAGCUGGCUCUGCACAGAGAACAUCCAGAAGGCCAUCAGACUUCUCUUUGGCACCUUCAUUGAAAGAUGGCUGGACAUAGGCGCUGCCCACCUAACCAGCGCCCCCUGCUGGGUGAUUUACCUCCAGGUCUUGCAAGAAGCUGUGUGGCCAGGUGGGACGCUGCCUGCUCAACCUCGGCCUGAACGAAGUGUUGCUGAAAAAAAGGAAACUAAGGAGCAAUGUCUGAACUGCCUAAUGCAGCUGCUUCCUGAGUUAAUAGCUGAUAUGUUGGGAAGCGAGAAGUACAGACUGAGCUUGGAGACCAUGCUGGAGUCUUUACAGGACUAUCAGAUAAACAAGCAUUUGAUCUACAGCAUCUGUGACCUGCUGCUGGAGUUUCUGAUCCCUGAGUCCAGCGAUGUGACCUUUCAGAGAUCUCUGCUGCAGAGCCUGACUAAAGACACAGAGAGAAACAGUCUUCAUAUGUGAUAAACAUCUGGGACACACAGAGAAAUGUAGCCAUUUGAUGCUCAAUGCACAUUAUAGUUGUCUGAUGAAUAUAAUAUGGUCAUAAAGUCUAUCGUAUACAAUCGCUGUGGAGUCAUGGUGCAGCAGGUAUUACUGCAGAGGCUAAUGAAAUGUAAAUAUGCAGUGAUAUAAAGACAGAACACACAAGAAAUGCUUUCAGACAAUAGAUCAAAAGGAAGAAAUAAUCUCAUUUGUAGAUUUACUUUGCUUAAUCUGCAAGUUUAGCCACAUUGUGAAUACUUGAAAAGUUUGAUAAAUACUAAACUGUGCUCUUUUUCUUGCUUCUUAUUCUUUCUUUCAUGUGUUUUUAUCUAUGGUGUUUCCCAUAAAGUUGGAGUAUUUUUUUCUUUGUAUUGUGGUUUCAUUUUUAAUGCUACAAGUUUAAGUGCAUGUCAUAUAUGUGCACUACAACUGCAUAAAUACUUUGUUUACAAGACUCCAGGUGAAUUUACUGUGAAACAAAGUAUGGACAUGUGGAAAAGUAGUUCAUGCCCACUUUGGUGCAGGAUGUGUGAUGCUGUGGGUCUGUUUCUGGAUCAUCAUUGUGUUUUUUAUGGGUCAUACAGGCAGUUACCCAGGGUGGCAUUACAAUGGGGGUUGCAUGAGGGACACAAAAUCAAAAGCAACUUAACUGUGAGUUGCAACUUCAACAGAUUUUUUUCUUUUCUUUCACAGUUAAGGAUGAGUUGGUAUCCCACUGUGUUGAUUAGUGAAGAUACAAAUAGUCAACAAGACAAAAGCAAUCUUUUUCCAGUCUUUGUCAGUCCCAAGACCUAAAAACUAUACGUGACUGUGUGUGUGUGUGUGUGAACUAAAAAGAAGAAAGAAUAAGAGAGUCAGGACUUUGGAUGGAAGAAACUGUGCAAAGAGGAUUGUUCAAAGAUUUUUUCUGUAUGUUCCAGCCUUCUGAAAUGAAAUAAGAGAACACUGAGUGCCGUUGGAUAAAGGACUUUAUACCAAGUAUUAACAUCCAGCAUUUAAGUGUUUGAGACACUAGUGAUGUUGUGAAAAGACCGCAAGCAUGGCAUUCAACUCUGGUGAAUACAUAAAUUGAAAUUAAGUAUUUGUUUUGUCUUUUGAUUCAAAAGAAAGUUGUUUUUGACUCCGGAUGAUCAUUUCUGGGUUUAUGCAUUUUUUUUCUCUUACGUCUUUAGCUGUCAUAAAGAUUUUCUGUUGUUUUUGCAGAUGGAUAAUUUUGUUUUUAUGUAUAUUUGUCAUGCUAGUUCAAUCAAAUAUAAUCUUGCUUUAUAAUACAACCAUUAUCCAUAUGGUUGCAUCACAUUGUUUAAAAUUUGAUCAAGGUUUAAUAAUUAUUUCUCAAACAAACAUUUUAAGUUGAAGCUUUACCUUAAAGUCAAGUCAGCGUUUCCCCAGAAUGUCUUUGUAUGAAUACAUCAUUUAGGCCUUAAGUUCAACUGUUAGACAUGUUCACAAUUAAUGAUUCAUGUAAAAUCUCUGAUUAAAAUGAUUUAAUCAGUAAAA